AUGGCGGCGGCUGACGGUCCCCUGCAGCUGCUGGAGGUGUGCGAGCAGAGGCUGUCCCGGUUUCUCCAUGAUGCUGAGCACAAGCACUUGGCCUGGCUCCGGGAGGUGGAGGAGCAGGGCCUGAGGAUGCUAGAUAGCAACUUUGGGGCUGAACCCGAGUUAAUGUCCAAAACACCCUCCCAGAGGAGGCGACCCAGGAAGAGGCAAUCCUCCUGCCUGAAAGAGGACGGUAAGGAGGCCAGCAGGAGGAGGUCAUCCAGGAGGAGGAACAGCACCAAGCUGGUGCUGUCCAAGCCGAGCUGCCAGCGGCGCCUCAGCAAAUUGCCACCGGAGAGCCCGGGCCAGGGGGCACAGGUGCCCACAGCCAGCUGCCCAGGGGAGCCUCAGGCCAGCCUUGGGGCUGAGUGCCCAGUGCUGACUGGGACGUGGCCACCAGAAGCAGCAGUUCCCCUGGUGGAGGCGGCUCCUCAGGGUGCCCCCUGCGGGGCUGGCAGUGGGGAGGAGGUGCCCUGGGGGGUCACAGCCCCUGGGCUGCCUGAGGCCUCUCCUGUGGCUGCGAUCUCCACAGCGAGGGAGGAAGAGAGCCCCGGAGCAGCCAGAACCUCCACUGCCAGGGCUCCCAGAGCUGCAGGUGCUGCAGUGCUCCCCGGGGAUCAGUCUCCUCAAGGCCUCCAGGACUCCAACUGCAAAGCAGCCCCAGGGAGAGCAGACCCUCGCCGCUGCUCAGGGCACCGCUGGAGCCGCAGGGCCUCCCUGGCAGGGAAGUGCCCUCUGGGCAGCAGGAGGAAGGGCAUCAGCCGCAGGUCUGCCAGCAGGGCCGCCUCCAGGAAGGCAGCAGCAAGAGAGUCGUCCUCAGCCUGCAGCAGAGUGAGCAGCCAAAACUCCUUGGAGGUGUUUGUGGAAGAUGAUGUGAGAGGCAGCACCAGACCCAGGCUGGAAGCAGACCCCCCAGGUGCAGAGGCUCCUGAGGACAUCCCUGUCUCAAGCAGAAGCUCUGCUCAGCACCAGGCAGAGCACCAGCAAGGUUUCUUCACAGGAAGCUGUGCCAAGCUGAGCAGUGAGCCCCAGAAGGAGAACCAGGAAGCACCUCACUGUGCCAAGCCCCAGGAGAAGCCCACACACAUCUGGACCAGAAGCUGCAGGCAGGCAGUGGGAGCGCUCUGGCACGGCCCCCGCAGCCUGUCCCCACUGGAUGACAAGCAGAAGAAUUCAGCAAACCAGCCCCCAUCCUCCUCCUCCCCAGCCAGCAAGGUGGUCAGGCCGCUGAGGAACUUCCUGCAGGCAGUGCAGUGCAGCCAGCUGCUGGCCAGCUCCGGGCCCCCCGCCCAGGGAGGGGGCAUCAAGGGCUUCAUCCGGCGCCACACCCCCACCAGGCCUGCUGUCAAGGGAGACUUUGUUGAGAGGGAGCGGCAGAGGCUGGAAAGCCUCAGGAAGAAGCAGGAGGCUGAGGAACAGAGGAGGAAGAAAGUGGAGGAGGAGAAGAGACGACGUCAGGCAGAGAUGAGACAAAAGAGGGAAGAGAGGCUGAGGAAGGCACUGCAGGCCAAGGAGAGGGUAGAACAAAUGGAGGAAGAAAAGAGGAGGAAGAGGAUGGAGCAGAAGAUGCUGCAGAGUGAUGAGAAGGUCCGUCCCUCACAGCUGCGGGAUGAGAAGGUGGCAGAGGAGCGGAGCAAGAAGAAGCUGUCCAAGAAGCUGGAGGAAGCUGAUGCAAGGAAGCAGAAGGCCCUGAGGAGGGAGGAAAAUGAACUUGAGCAGCAAGAACCACAGCAGAAGAGAGAGGAUGAGGUGAAAGGAAAGAAGGUCUGGGAACUGAAGAGUCUUGUGGAGCAGCGACAGUUGGAGCACAUGAAGGAGAGGUACCAGCUGCUUGCUGCCCUGGAGGGGCUGCCCAUGGGCAAGCAGAACAUGCAGGCAAAGGAGGAUGCUCUGCAGGAGCCCCAGCAGCUGGGAGGGGAGAAAAAACUCGGGGAGCCAGAAGCUCUGCCUGCUGGCUGUGACACGUGGCUGAGCAAAGCUGUGAAGAGGUCUGUCUCUGCCUCCUGUCUGGAGUCCCUGAAGGUGGAUACCAACAACUAUGGGAUGGAUCUGAACAGUGAUGACUCCACAGACGAUGAGAAUGAGCCCCGGAAACCUGUCCCUGCCUGGGCCGAGGGGUCUCAGCUAAACCAAGCUGUGGUACACCAGUACUACCACCCGGUGGACGUGGACCAGAUCUUUGGCCUAAUCCUCAGCCCCAGGCUGGAGGACAUCUUCGGCAAGAGCAAGCCCAGGUACUUCAAGCGCACCAGCUCGGCUGUCUGGAGCUCCCCUCCCGGCGCCCAGCCCCCCUGCAGUUGCAAACCCUGA